UCACUUUUAUUUCUAAUAAUUGUUAUUAUUUGUUAUACAUGCCAUAAAAAGUUUUUUAAUAAUUAUAGAAUAAACCUUUUUAUGAAUUUGCUUAGAGGAAGAAACUUAAAUUUCUUGGCAGAUAAGUUUUUGCCACAGAUAAGGUUACAAUGUAAAUCUGUGCAUACUUGCUUAUUUGAUCAUUUGAAGUCACAAAUCAAGAUAGUUGGACCGAUGACAGUGGCAAACUACAUGAAAGAGGCUCUUACUAAUCCAAAAUGGGUUUGGCACUUGUACUUUGCUUCAUUUGGUUAUUACAUGAAAAAUGACGUAUUCGGUGCUAAAGGAGAUUUUACUACAUCUCCUGAGAUAUCCCAGAUGUUUGGAGAAUUGAUAGGAAUAUGGUUUGUUGCGCAAUGGAUACAAAUUGGUAAACCAUGUGGUGUUCAGUUAGUUGAGCUUGGACCUGGUAGAGGGACAUUAAUGGCGGAUAUUUUACGGGUAAUGAAACAAUUUCCAGAGACUCUUUCCAAUUUUGAAGUGAAUUUUGUAGAGGUCAGUGAAAAAAUGAUUUCAUUACAAAAGCAAAAUCUUGGCAUAUCUCAUGAAAAAAAGGAUUUUUACAUAACACCUAGUGGUACAAAAGUGAGUUGGUUUACACAUGUACAAGAUGUUCCAAAAGGAUUGACAUUUUAUUUGGCACAUGAAUUUUUUGAUGCUUUGCCUGUUCAUUUAUUUAAGAAAGUCAACGGAAAGUAUCAUGAACUACUAGUUGGAUUAAAUAGGUCUGAAAAUGAACUUCAGUUAGUUACUGCACCUGGUCCUAGCCCUGUUGCUAAAACAUUCCUUAAUUCAGAAACAAAUGCAGAUGAAUGUGAAGUUUGCCCAGAAGCAGCAGUUGUUAUGUCAUACAUAAGUGAAAAUAUUUCUAUGUACGGGGGUUGUGCUAUGAUUAUUGAUUAUGGAGAGUCAGACAGUCAGAGAUUCUCUUUGAGGGGGUAUAAAAACCACGUGUUAGUUGACAAUAUAUUUAAAAAUCCUGGAUCUUGUGAUAUAACAGCUAAUGUUGAUUUUGGUUUCUUGAAGCGUUGCAUUCGUGGUGAAGUGCGUCAUUAUGGACCCAUUACCCAGCGUUCAUUUCUCUUACAAAUGGGAAUACAACAAAGAUUGAAGGUUUUGCUGAGCACCGCUACUAGUGAACAAGCUCGAAACUUAAUUUCUUCCCUAGACUAUCUUAUAAGUCCUGAGAAAAUGGGUGAAAAAUUUAAAUGCUUUGCGUUGACAAACCUGUCAUCUCCAGUACCACCUUGUUUCACCUGAAAUAGCUUUUUUUUUAUCAUAAAUAACUAACAUGUAUUAUUUUUUUAUCCAGAGUGGAGCCAGUUGUGUAA